AUGAAAUAUAAAAAAAGCCUCAAAAUUUUUAGUCUCUCUUUUUUUAUUAUAUUCUUUGUAAUAUUCCUAAAAAAUAUAAAAGCUAGUAUACGCAUAUCAAACUUCACUUAUAACAAUGGGAGUGCUAACGUUAAUGUAGAGUUAUUUGAAACUGAGUACAUAUCUAUAUUAGAUACACGAGGUGAUGGUAUAAGUGAGAGUGACUUUGAAAUUAAUGAAGACUAUUUAAUAUCUGAUAUCAGCGAAACAAAUAAUUGUAAUGUAAUUAAUAAUAAUUUAGGGGAAGUAAUAUCAAAAGAAAAAUAUCAGAAUACGUUCCUAUUCGUUCAAAAGCGAGAUGCAAAAAUAUAUAUUAAGGAUAAAAAGAAUUCAUGUUCGCUUAUAUCCCCCAUUGACAAAUCUGUGUAUUCCAUUCAAAAAAUUGAACAAAAAAAUGAACUCAUUAAAAUAGGAGAUAUACUAAAUUGUAACGAUAAGAAUAUUGAUAAAUUUACCUUUUAUUUUAAUCUUUUAGAAAAUAUUGUCAUUUCAGAGAACGAAAAAUGUGAUAAAAUAGUAAAAUCAGCGUUUGUUAAAAACGCAGAAGUAUUCAAUUGCACCGGAAAUAUUGGACGCAUAACAAAUAUUCAUGAAUUAAAUAAUGGCACCUAUUAUAUAUGUUUCAUAAAUAAUAAUUUAUCAUUAGUACUUAAUAGAAUCACCAUUGAUAAAACAAUUAUACAUAAUACAUUUUACUGUGAUUUUGAAAACCCAAAUUGUUCAAUCCGAAUAAGUACCACUUUAUUUAAUAACAUACCAAAUAUUACGGACGAAACUGUACUGCUUAAACCGAGGUGUAAUGACAACACAGUUGUUUCCACUAUCAAAAAUGAUCAUAAAUUAGAUGGUGAAUAUUACACAUUCAAUUUUAAUAAUAAUAAUACUUAUUAUCUGGAGGUAUGCAUAAUAGAUAAUAUUCUAUAUAAAAAAGUGGGUCAUAUCUUUUUUCUACAGGCAUAUAAACCCAUUACCUGUUUCUUAGGUACACCAUGUGUAAUUAAACUAUAUACCUUAAAAGAAAAAAUUAGUUAUAUUAUAAAUGAUAUUGAAAGUACAACUUUUUCUUGGUCUGAUAAUAUCUGUGACAAAAAAAUCCAAGCCGAUAAAGAAAUAAAUAUACACACAAAAGAACAGGAUGAACAUAUAUACAUUAUUAGUGAUGAGCCUCUAACAAAUGAAAAUAAUUUGUGUUCAAAGAUUUAUGGGAGGAAAUAUCUCCCCUUAUUCACUGUAGAUUUGGUGAAAAAACCAGAAUAUAAUAUAUAUUAUACUAUUAUUAACAAUAAAAUUAUUAACUAUAAAUUACACUUUUUUGAAUAUAACAAUUACUUGGGGCCAUACUUAAAAUAUGAAUGCUCUCACAACAACAGUGUGAAAGAUGAAAACGGCAAUUUAAAAGACAAUAAUGAUAACAAAUUUAUAUAUAAAAAUGAAGAAUUAAAUUUUGUUCUGGAUUAUUAUGCAAUUACUAUGAGAUUAUGUUUGAAACAAUUCAACUAUUAUGACAUUGGUUCUGUGAAAAUUGAGCGAUUACUAAACUUUGAGACAAUUUCUCUGCAAUCCUUAAAUUUUACUGCUUCUGUGUCAUUAUAUAAUGAAGAUAAUAAUACUAAAAUUUUAAAAUUUGCAAUAAAAGAAAAUGAAAAUUGUUACUCAGAUAAUGGUUUUUUUAUCGAAUCCAAGGAUGAUUUAUCAAAGAAAAUUUCUUACAAAAACAUACUUGUAGAUCAAGCAACAACCUAUAAAGCAACACAUAUAGAAAAUUUAGAUAAAUUUAGGUAUUAUGUAUGCAUGUGUUCUAUAGAAGAAAAUUGCAAAGAAAAUAAUAACUUUAGGGAUUAUUAUUCAUACACUAACAUUUCCAUAAAUAAUGAUAUAACACCUUUGGAAAAAAAAAAAAUGGUAUGUAAAUUAUUUUCUAAGUGUUCAUUUACGAUAACUUUCCAUUCAACGUAUGUAUCUGACAGAUGGGUACCCAAAUAUGGGAGGUCUUGUAAUACAAGUGAAUUAGUAAAUAUCGAAGUUAAUUCCAAACUUAAUGAAGAACUAAAUGAUUAUACAUCAAAUAAAAGGGUUGUUGACUUUAAUAUAUACUACCAUGCUAAGCAGAUGAAUAUUAGUUUGUUAAAUAAAGAUAUAGUUAUUUGUGGAAAUUACGGAGAACAAAGUUUUAAUUUUUCUAUAGAAAAUGAUUUUUUCUUGGUAUAUAAUAAUGUUCCUAAUGGAGAACUUGAUAUUAUUAAUAUAGGACAUUUAAAUUUAUGCAAUAAUAGAAAAAUUCUUUUUAUAUAUUCCUAUUAUAAUGGUGAAACAAAGUUAUCUAAAAAAAUAGAAAUUGAUGAGAAAACAAAUAUUAAUAAAGUUAAAUUAAAAAUAGAAUAUGAAAAGUUAAAAAAUAAUGAAAUAUACUUUAUAAGGGAGUGUCAUUAUUGUCACGAUAUUUUAACUUAUAAUUAUGAGGAAGAUACAUAUAUCUUUCAGAAUACUAUUAAAAACCCACAAUUAUACUGGGGGAAACGUAAAUUAGGGAAAAUGAAUUACAAAUUUACAAAUAAAAAUAUAAAUAUAUAUAACUGCUCAGACAAAUUAAUAGAUAAUCAUACACUUACAAGUGUGCUAUUUUUUGAUGGUCCAUUUCAAGAAAUAGAUUUUUAUUGUUCUAUGGAUGUUAAUUGCUCACAUAAAGAAAAAUUCUAUUUAUUAUGGUAUCAUUAUUUUUUAUUUAUAGAAGUUAGCGAAACAAAAAGAAUUCGGAUAUUCUUUCAAGAAAUACUGAAAGAUAAGCCUGGGGAGUCAAACACGUAUGAUUCUAUAAGAAUUUCGGAAAUUAUUCUUAAUGUUUUUGCUAUCAGCACUAAAGAACUAAAACCAGGACCGUACAAAAUAAUUUACUCUAGAAAAAUUAACGACUUAAUUAACGAAAAUUAUAUUGGGACAUUUCAUUUUAUUGGACCAUUAAUACAACAGCACCAUGUUGUUAGGGAAAAGGAAAUCAAUUUUUUUCUUGAUGGGUAUUUUAAAAAUAUUGAAAAUAAUAAAAUAAAAAUAGUAAGGUAUAAAACAUGUAAUUUCCAACAACUUUUAGAGGAUAAAUCAGAGUCAAAUAACCAUGAUGUUAUAAUGAAUGAAGUUUCAAAGGAUAUCCAAAUAUGUACGUACCAUAAUGAUUACAAACUUGUAUGUAAAUAUGUAAAAUCAGUAAAUAAUAGAUUUCACCUAUGUUGGUGCUAUGAAAUACAUGAUGAAUUUUGUAAUUCUUUAAAAAACUUCAAACAAGAAAUAACGAAAAUUUCUCCUGUUGAAUCUUUUAUAAAUCCAUUAAUACAAAUUUCUAAAUCAUCAUAUUCUAACCUUAUAAAUUAUAAUGUUGAUAAUUUUGUUUUUAUAAUAGAAGAUGACUGUACAGAUAUUAAAAAUUUUAAUUUAAAGUCCAAAUUAAAUGAAGAAAAACAUAUUAUAGAUUUUUAUAAAAAACUGAAAUUUCCCAAAAAAUAUGAUUUAUGUGUAUGUACGUUAGAAGAAAAUAUUUCAUGCGAUAAAAAGGAAGAUUUUAAAAGGUUAAAUAUUAAAAUGAAUGAAACACAAUAUUACGUAGUGGGAAGCUAUAAUUUAGAUAAUUUUAAUAAAGGAAUUAAUCCAGUAUUAGAUUUCAAUUUUAGUUUAGAUUUUGUAGAUGAAUUAAAAAAAGGUAACAUUCCAGCUAUUGUUUUUUUCCCGGGCCCUACAGAAUACAAUGAAUAUAUCUGCGUUUCUGGAAUAUCUUGUAGAACAAUAAUAAAAAUGAAAAGUAUAAUUGAUAUGUCACAUAUAUCUACUAGUAAUGCUAAAAGAAAAGAAAUGAUUGAUAAUAAUAAAAAUAAUCAAAUGCCUACAAGCAAUGGUCAAAGUAAAGAAGCACAUAACACUACCAAAAGUAUAUCAAAAAUAAAUACGAACUCUGUUUAUUUUACAUUAAGUGAUACUAAGGAGUGUAAGAAUGAGUAUGAAAAAAUUUUUGAAAGUGAAAAAGGAAGUAUUCUUGUUGCUCAAGAAAUAGAAUUUAUAGAAUAUCAAUUAAUAGACGCAGUUUAUAAUUUGGGAGUUAAUGUUGUACCUACUGACAUAACAAAAAGUUAUGAAAUAUGUGUAUCCUUUAAGAAUAACGAUAAAUAUUAUUAUAAUGUUGGCAAUGUUGUAUUCUACGGAAUAUAUAAUGAAAAUAUGCAAAACGAAAUAAUUUCUGGUGUGCCAUUUAGUUUUGAAAUUAAGCAGUUUUAUUCAAAAUAUAAUUUAUUCAUCCGUUUCGUUUACGAAAAAUUUGGAGAUACAGAUACAUGCAGUAAAAGCAAUAGCUACAGUGAAAAGAUUUUUCUUGUUGACUCAGUUAAAAAAUUAUUAGAACAUCAUGAAGAAGAUCAAUUAGAGGAUGAUAUCACAAGUUAUAAAUGGAAAAAUUUAAUGGUCAUUCUAGAUGCUGACAGUAAUUCUUAUUUGACCUCUUAUCAAAAUAAUGAUGGCUCACAUAAUUUAUUUGUGUGUUCUUGUUAUGAACUAUCGAAAGGAUACUGUGAUUCUGAUAUUUCCUAUUCUGCUAAAACUAAGAAAUAUCGUGUACACACAGCUAUAUUAAGAGAACCCAAAAUUAAUUCUACCUUAAAAUUUCUCAAGCCUUUCUCUCUUAAAUUAGAAACUACUAAGGUGUUAAAUGGAUCAAUAAGAAUUUUUCCAGUUGAUAUAAUGGAAGAUUUAAGUAAAUUAUGUAUUGAAUUAAAUCAGAGGAAAUUUUUUUUAACAUACCAAGCAGAGGUAGACGAUUUUGACCAAAAGUAUAACAUAAUUAUUAAUUUUUUAUCUCAAGGAAUUGUAGUAUGCUGGUGCUCAAAAGAUAAAUGUGAGGAUAGUGAUUAUUUAACCAAGGUUGGUUUCUUUAAAAUAAAUAGUCCACACUUUUUAGAAGUUCACACAGAUAUUAAUGGAUACUUUUCCUUCGAGUUUUUAAAUGAGUUAAUAAAUAUAAAUGAUAGAGUUACAUUUGUUGAUGCUAAUUCCAUAUGUACCUAUGACAAUAAUACAAAUUUAUUUGACGAUACCAUUCAUUUAGAUAAUAAUAAGUAUCAAAUAAAUUGGGAACAAAGUAUAGAAAUAUAUGGAAAACCUCGUAAAAUAGUAAAAUACCUAAAUGAAAAUUUUAUUUGGGUUUCUAAAAAUUACAAAAUAACCAAUGAUAAGGAAAAAUACAUCAAAAUAUGUUAUUGUUUUUAUUUUAAUAAUGAAAAUUGCAAAGAUACAAAAAAUUAUGUAUAUAUAGGUUUAGUGUAUAACAAUAUCGUAAAUCAAAAAAUUAUACAAAAUAACUAUCAAAAUGAUCAAGUAACUAAUUUGAAUUAUUUUAAUAAAGAUUCUUUAAAGUUCGUUGCACUUAAUUCUUUUAAUGAUUACAAUAGAAAUAUUUGUAAUGAUAGGAAUAACCAAAGUGCCAUUAUUGUACCUUUUUUCAAAAGUAAUGUUUUUGAUAACUCCAUUUUCAUAUCAAAAGUAUUAAAUAUUUUUAAGAAGCAUUACAAAAAUGAGCUCAAUUUCGUUGUAUGUUAUAGAUCAUUUUACUAUGGAAGUAAAAGCAUGUUCUUAUUAAAAGGAAUAGAAAUUAAUGAAAUACCUGAAAUUUCAAAUUCUAUUAAUUAUAAUUAUGAAUUAAGUCAAUCAGGGUUUAUACUUGAUUCAGAGAUAAAGAAUAUAGAUGCAAAGAAUCUGAACAUGCGAAGGAAAAGGAAUUUAUUAUUAUCCCUAGAAAAUUUUAAAUUCGAAAAAAAUAUUUUCUAUAACUAUUUUUUUUCACAAUUAUAUAUCAAAUAUGAAGAUAAUCCCAAUGCAAAAGUAAAUGAUAAAUAUAUUGAAUCCAAUUAUAAUAAAGCUAUAAUAGAAAAAUUAAAAACUUCUCUAGAUAAAAUUAGUGAAGAUCCAAGGAUUAAUCUAAACGAAGUAGUAUAUUAUAAAAGUAAAGGUGGUAUAUUUAAUAACUUUAAUUUAGAAAAUAUAAUAUUUUUCGAUGAAAAGAAAAUUGUUUUAUGUUGUCAUAAUGGGGAUUAUAUCGAAGUACAAAAUAAUGAUAAUAAUGAAUAUUAUAUCAAUUGGGUUCCUAAGGUAAAAAUAUUACUGGAAUCUUUAAAUAAUUAUCAUCCUAAUUUUGAAAAAGAUAAUAAAGGCCAAAAUAUAAUAAUGGAACAGUUCAGCAAUAUUCAGAACAAAAUUAAUAGAAACGAUUAUUUAAUGAUAGAAUUCCGUAAAGAAAUAGGCUUUUAUAAAAAUCAUGUACUCAUACAUUUGAAAGAUACUUUUUUUGAAAUAAAAAUAUACGGAAAAGACAUACCAUAUAAUCAUUAUACUUUAUACAUAAUAAAAUUUAAUAACAGCUGUUAUAACAUAGAUAAAAAUUUAUUCUAUAUAGAAAAUAGUCAUUUCGAUAAAAAAAUCAACUACAUCGUUUUUAAUAAAAUUCAGAUAAGUACAAUGAAUAAUUAUAAAAUAUGUAUAUUGGACAAGACACAAAAUAUGCAUUACGGAGUAGGAAUUUUAAAUAUUACAAAUUAUUAUGUAGUAAAUGAUUCAUUCUUUGAUGAUAACUAUUUGCCUUCUAAUAUUGAAAAAAUGAAUAUUAUACUAAAUGUCUGUGUAAAUGCAAAAUUACACAGUGCAUAUAUUAUAAAAAGAAAUGAUAGUUUUAGUUUCACAUUAGACAUGGAAAAAAUGAUAUUUUUAAAAAAAAGUGAAAAAUUAAAUCAGAAAUUUCCAGAAUUACAAAAUCAUCAUCUCAUAUCUUGUAAGAGUAAGUCGAAAGGAACUAUAAUUUUAACGAAAAGUCAUAUAUUCUUUUACUCACAAAAUAAUAAGUUUUCAUUUUCAACGAAACACAAUUUGUUUUUUCCAGUUGAUGUGGAUUUUGAUGAAAAUUUUGUAUAUAUAAAUGAUUUAUAUUUAAAAAAAAUAGCACGAUUACAAAUUUUGUCUAAUGGUAUUCCAGUUAAUAUAAUAAUUAAAGCAAGAACAAGGAGGAGUAUCAACAAUAAAGAAUUAAAUGUAAACCAGCGUAACAUGGGUAUAUUUAAAAAAAAAACAAUUAUCAAGGAUACCCUACCUGGUCAUACAAAUAAUAAUUAUAAUAUCAGAAUUAGAGAUAUAGCAGUCAACUCAAAAUUUCAUGGUGAUUAUUAUUCAGAAGUGCCGGAAAAACUUAAGAAAAUAUUACUCCCUAAUAAGAGCGCACCUAAAAAUGAAGCCGUUAUGUUAAAUAAUACCAAUAAAGGAAAUAAGAACAAUCAUAAUGAAUAUGUCCAUCCAAAUUUCUUGAAUUUAUCCACAUUAAACAGUCACACAAAGAACCAAAAAAUUGAUAUAAUUCCUUUACAACAUAAUAAAGGAACAAAAACAAUAGUGAAUGGUAAUUCACAAGAGGAACAAAUGCAAUCAGAUGAUAAUGUACUAAAAGAAAAUCUUGGUACGUUAAUAAACAAAAAGAAAAACCUUAUAAGUAAUAACCUUAGAGAAUUAUAUUAUUAUCUACAAAAAUAUAUAUAUAAUAACAGCCUAACUCAAUAUCUGCGUAAGCUAUUAAACGGAGGAAAAGUAUCAAAAAAAAGAAAAUUUUUGUACAACUUUCUAGAAUUUUUCAAAAACAGAAAAAAUAACAAGAAUGAAGAAGAAAAUUAUCAAAAAAGAGUAUCUCCAUGCAACGUUAAAAAUACAAAUGAGCAGGCGGAACGUUUAAUUGAUAGCAACGUAAUGCUUAUAGAAAGUAGUGAUAAAAAUAUGAGAAAAAAGAGAAGUGUUACUGGAAUUAUGGAUCAGUCAAUUUACGAUAACAUAAUACAAACAAAUAUUAGAAAUUUUAUAAAUGUUGUACAAACUCCGAAUUAUUUAUCUAAUAAUCUAGACUUUCUUGAUAUAAAAAAUAUAAUAUAUCCGUUGCAUAUGAAUCUACAUGAGAAUCUGCUUUACAUUUUGGAUUCUACAAAACAUAAUUUUUUUAGUUAUAACUUGCGAAAUAAAGAAAUUAUAGAAUUAGAAGAAUAUAACUUUUCUUCUCAUAAAUUUAUGUUAAAUAAUCCGCUAAAUUUCUCAUUAUAUCAUGAACAACGAACUGAAUAUACAACACACAGGAACUAUUUAGCAUUUGUAACACAAAUGAGAAGUAACGAAAUCAAAAUUAUUGAUUUAAAUCAAAAGAAAUACAAAAUAGUUAAAGCAUUAAAAUUAAGGAAAGGAUAUAAACACAAUAAUAUUAAUAAGGUAGAAGCCAUUGAACAAAAUUUAAUAAUAAUUACAUCGCAGGUGUACGAUAAUAAUCUCUUUUAUCAUUAUCAUUUUAAUUCAUUUGAUCAAUAUUUUUAUAUGUCUUUUAAUUAUACCUUUCAGAAGAAUUACAAUUCUAAUGAUAAUUUAAAUGUCGUACCAGAAAUUGACAAAUACAGUGAUUCUAUAAUAUUUUUUUGUUUUCUUAAUUCAAAAGGAAAAUGUACAAAUAUAGAUGAAUUAACUAACUUAAACAUUUCACAUGAUACAGGAAUCAUAACAGGAAAAUUGAAUUAUUUUGGAAUUUUCCAAUUGAAAAUUUUUGCAAAAAGUCAUUUUCAGUAUAAAAUUAAUACAUAUAAAAAUUUAUAUUCUUACUGUGAUAUAGGUAAAGAGUUUAAUAUAAAAAAACGUAUUUGUGAAAGCUGUCCAAUAGGUACCUUUUGGGAUGGAGAGAAACUAAAAUGUGAGAAAUGUGAUAAAUAUAGAAAAAAUACAUCUACAUUGAAGAGUGGAUCAAAAUUAAUAACAGACUGUUUAUGUUCACCUGGAUAUGAGUAUUCAGAAAAAUCUUCAAGUUGUGAACAAUGUAAGCCAGGAUAUUACAAGACAUCUACAGGAAAUUUUGUAUGUAUCAAAGGAUGUCUUAUCAAUGAGGAAAGUAUUACAUAUGGAGCUAAGAGUUAUGAAGAAAUGCUUUGCAAAUGUAUUGAAGGAUAUUAUAGAAAAAAAGAUAAAUGUAUCUUAUGCUUAAAAAAUCAUUAUUGUCCUGGUAAUGAAAUAACAACAAUGUGUGAUAAAAAUAAAACAUCGCCAGAAGGAUCUAAAUCUGCCAUAGAUUGUAAGUGUAAAGAAAAUUUUAUAUACAAUAAUAAUAAUGGAAAUUGUUCUUAUUGCGCAUCUAUUGCUAAGGUUACUGGCGAUGUUAUUUACUGCUCCUUAUGUAAUCCGAAGUACUUGGAUAAAAAUAUUUUUUCAAUUGCAAAUGAACAUAAUUAUGGUUUAACGAACACUAUGUAUAGUUAUCAUGAAGACUUUGUUUUACAAGAUAAAUUAUUGCAAUAUGCGUAUUAUGAUAAAAAUAACGCAGAAGGAAAUUAUAUUAAUUUUAUACCUCUUAACAAUGAUAGUUUAAACGUAUUAAAAAAUAAUAAUUAUGGUCAAAAUACACACAUUUUUUCAAUUGAAGUUGAUACACCCAAUCCAACUAAUUGUUUAUUUUGUGAAAGCGGGUAUUUUAUUGAUAUUAAAAAGAACAAAUGUAUACCCUGCAAUAGUAGAUAUUGUGAAGGAUUUUCAAAGGGUCCAAAAGGUUGUCCAAAAAAUUCUGUUGUAAAUAUAAAAAAUGCUUCUUCUAUUUUUGAUUGUCAGUGUAAGAGAGGAUAUGGAUCUCUGAACGAAAGAAGAAAUGAGUAUCAUAAAAAAUUGAUCUGCAAAGUUUGCCCAAAGAAUUUUUUUAAACAUAACAUAUCGGAUGAGUUUUGUUUACCAUGUCCAAAUGAUACCUAUACAUUGUCAGAAGGUUCUCAGUCGAUAAUUAAUUGUUUACCAAAAGAAGGAUAUUUUCUCCUUAUGUUCAGAAACAUAGAUAUAGCAUAUUUAAGGUAUAAAUUUGAUGUAAAUUCUGAAAAUAGAAUUUAUAGUUAUUUUGAGAAUAAUGAAGGGACUUUUGAUGACGACGUUUAUGAUCUAUUUUUAAACCAUAAUUUUAAAAAAUUUUCUGAUAAUGUAGGUAAUAAAUCAAAUAGAAAUUUGCAUAAUAAAACUAGAAACAAUCAACAAAAUGCUCAGAAUAAUAAGUACACAUUGAAAAAUCUAAGAAAUCUUGGGUUCUUAGAACGAACAUCUUUAUUUUAUAUGUAUACUGUACUUCUUAAAAAUAUAGAAGAAAACUAUAAGUGGGAAUCUGAUAGAAUGUUGAACGUUACCUGUCAUAUAAAUAUGCAUUUAAAAAAAAAUCCCAACUUUACAGUUACAUAUAAACCCAAUUUAGAAUCCUGUAUAAAUAACUGCAAAACAAAUGUAUAUUGUACCGGGGUAGAAUUUUCAAGGAAAAAUGUAGAAUAUACACAGGUAUUUUUAAAAAACAACCAGAAGAAAAUUGUUGGAUAUUUUAAGUGCAAACUGUUUUAUUACCAAAAUAUAUAUGAUUAUACAUCUUCGAAUUUAGACAAAUUUUUAAAUGAAAAUGUGGAAAAUAGUAUAAUUAUAAGAAAUAUCAUAACAUACACAGACUAUAUAUUAAGAAACGGAAAAAACAUUAUUUUUACAUGUUCAAUCAAUAGAGACAGAAAGUAUUUACUUUAUAAAUACUACCAAGUAAUUGGAUGUUUUAUAGGAAAAUUUUGUCCAGGAAUUAAUACCCCAUAUUUGAUAUCCUGUCCAACUAAUUCUACAACAGUAGUAAGUUUAGCUUCAAAUGUAGAUAAAUGCUUAUGCUUACAAGGCUAUUCAUAUAUAGGAAUUGUAUCUCAUAGAUGUUCAGUUUGUGAAAGAGGUACAUUCAAAAACUUAAUAGGAAAUUUUAAGUGCGAAAAUUGCCCCUUAAGCUUUUCAACAACUCAUAUGGGCUCUACUAAUAUUAAUGAUUGUUCUUGUACUCCAGGAAGUUAUCUUACUUUUGAUUCCUUACAAAAUUUUAUUAAUUCAGAGAAAAUUAAUUAUAAAAAUAUUAAAGAUCAAUAUUUUAUUGUUCCAAAAAAGAAAGAUACUAAUAUAUAUUACACUACCGAAAUAGCAAAAAUUAGUUUGAAUAAUGUGAAUGGAAAAGAUGAUAACAUUGUUAACAAAAUAUUAAAUCGCGAUAUAGCAGUUUGUAGACCAUGCUCUCUCGAUAAUCAUUAUUGUGAAGGGGGGUUGGAAUCGAACAUCCUUUUUAACAACACUAUUUUAGAGGGUAAAUUUCAUACGUUACCGAAAAAAUGCCCCAAAGAGCUAGUUAUACCCCAAGGAAUUAAGCAGAGAAGUUCAUUAAGCAAUUGUUUAUGUAUUCAUGGAAAAAUUUUAAGAACUUCAAAGGAAAAUACAGUAGAAUGUUUUCCUUGUCCACCUAAUACCUUUAAAGAAAAUGAAUAUGAUAAUAGUUGUUCAGGAGUAUGCCCACAUUUUUCCACAACGUUUGUAGGUUCAUCAUAUGAAAAUCAGUGUUUCUGUAAAAAUAAUUAUUAUUUUGUAACUCCAGAAGACGAAGAAACCAGAAGUAAUGCAUAUAAAAAAAGUUGUAAAAUUUGCCCCAAAGGAGCUAUAUGCAAUAGAGGUUUUAAUGUUUACUUAUUUUUGAAACUAUUAAAAGAUAGAGCAUAUAAUAAUAUAAAUGUUUUAGAUCAUGAAAACCCUUAUCCUAUUCAUGGAUAUUACGCUGUUUAUAAGGAGAAAAAUACUAAUAAAAAAUGGAAUCCUUUAGAUGAUAAUAAUGAUUUCAAAUACACAUAUCCAUAUUAUAAUUUACUCUUAUUUAUUCAAAAAAAUAUUGAAAGCAAGAAUUAUUUUUUCUUCGAAAAGAGUCAGAAACUAUAUUUAAAUAAAGAAUUCAUUGAACAGAUAACCGAAAAAAAUGCGCUUAAGAAGAAAUCGAAUAUAAAUAAUAAAAAAGGAACACAUAAUACUUUAUUUAAUCCAGGGGAUGCCUUAUCUUUUAUUCAGAAUGAAAAUACAUAUAAAAUUUUAAAAAAGAGCAAUGGUGAAAUAACCACAAAUUAUUUCAAAAAGAUUAUUCAUUCAGAUAUACAAAACAAAUUUUCAUCUACCUUACAAACUACACAAAAUGUAGCGUCAUCGUUCUUAGAAAGCAGUAAAAUUCUUAGAAACCAUCUAAGUAACGACACUCAAUACUUAUUAGAAGAAAUGUUUAAUAAAUAUGUAGAAGAGGCAAAUGAAUUAAAGAAAAAAAACAAUAAAUUUGAAAGAUUACCUGACAUUCACGCAUGUACUAUACCGGAUAGGUGCCUAGGAACCAUAACGAAUUUAUGCGCUGAAGGUUCUACUGGAUAUCAAUGUAAUAAUUGUGCAAAAAAUUUUGACAUGAACUAUUUUAAAUCAAAUUGUUACAGGUGUAGAAAUUUAUUUUAUGAGAUAAUACAUAUUAUACUAUUAAAACUUAUAUAUUAUAUCAUUGUUAUCCUUAUAGUUUCAUUAAAUUAUAGUUGUCAUUUUAAUAAAUUAUAUGUUAGCGGAACUUUAAUGAAGAUUUGGUUUAACUGUUCUUUUACCUUUAUUGCCUAUGGAUUUUUUUCUCCAAAUAUAAGUUCAUUUAUUACAAAAUAUUGGUAUAUAUAUAAGACCGUAUUUCUUUGUCAUUUGAAGUUUUUUUCGUAUUAUGUGAGGGUCGGUUGCUUUCUUGAUUAUUAUAAUAUUGAUAUAUCUUAUAAUAAAAUAUGGUACAUUCAGAAAUAUAUGAAUAUUUUUGCUCCUUUUUUUGAUGCAUUAUUAAUAACUGUUCUACUAUAUGUUAUUAUUCAAAUACUUAAACUUUUCUACAAAAACAAAAUACAGCUGUUCGAGCAACUGUUACCUGAAAUUCCAGAAUUAAAAGGAAAAUACAACGCAAACCAUCUAAAUGAUCAACAAAAUAAAAAAAAGAUUCCAAAAAAAAUAUAUAUAUUUAGUAUACAAAAAAAAAAUAAAGAGGAGCAGCUCUCUAAUGAAGCAGCACAAAUCCAUGAUAUAGAAAAAAAUUGUGAUCAUAAUAAGGAAAAAAACAUAGAACAAAAUGACAAUUUUGUGGAAAGGAAUAUAAAUUAUAUGAAUCUUUUGAAAAGAAAAAACGUCAAUAUUACAGGGGAAAAUGAACUCAAAUAUGCCCGAGAUGAAAUUCAUGAAAAUUCUUUAUAUAGAUGCGAAAAAAAUGAGAAAGAUUUUAAAUAUGAAUUAAAGUACGUAAAAAGAGAUAAUAAGAUGUACAAUAUAUUUUUAAAUGAAACUAUUGAUUAUAUUUAUGAUAAAAGAAUUUUUGGUCCAUGGCAUUUUUUUCAUAGAAAAAAUGAAAAGUUAAGAAAAAAGUUUUUAAUAUUUUUGAAGGACACACUACCUUGUUAUGUCUUAAUGGUUGCACUAUCUUUACCUUAUGUUCUCUUGGAAACAAUUCAACUUUUUUAUUGCAAACCAAUAAAAUACAAAUCACAAAAAACAGAAUCAUACUUAGCUUAUUUGACUACUCAAGAAUGCAAGAUAUCUUCUAAUUCAUUUCUUGUAGGUAAUAUUGUACUUUUCCUGGUCUUAUUUUUUUAUAUUAGUACAUGGUUAGUUUUAUUAUUUUUAUAUUCUAAUAGGAAGAAUGUUAACAUAUUCAAUAUUUUACUAAGAAAUUUAUUAUCAGGUUAUAGACAAGGUAAGGAAAUAUUUGAGUUCAUAUUCUUACUGAAAAAUAUAAUUUUAGUUUGUGUUAUAGCCUUUAAUAUUCACUACAACAUUUAUUAUAUUGUCCUAGUUACUUUAAUUUUAACUAUAUUUGCAAUUUUAGAAAUACAUUCAAAUCCAUUUGAUGGAAGAUCUUUCAAUAUUCUUAAUAAAUCCUUACAUGUAGGUAGUGUAUUAAAUAUUUUCAUAUCACUGAUUAUUUGGGGUAGCUUUUAUUGGAAUUAUGAAAAAUUUUUUCUGUUUCCUAUUUUAAUAAUUCUUUCUUAUCACCUGUAUAUGCUUUACAAUAUAGUAAGGGAAAUAAUAAUGUCUAGGCAUUUUAUACGUACAAUUACAAUAAUUGAUAUAAAGACUGUUGGUUACGACUCAAAUAAUAUUAAAAAUAAAAAUUAUAAAAUUUACUACAAAAUUAUGAAUAAAAUAAAAUUUUUUUUAAAUAAAAAUCAAAAAAAAAAAAUAUCAGAAUUUACAGGUAAUAGAGAUUUUCAAAAUAAUUCAAAAUAUAUGUCUAAAGAAAAUAUGAAAUUUGAGCCAAUAGAGAAUAUUAUAAAAAGGUAUAAUCUUAACUUAAACACAACUACAAUGAAGGAUAGAAAACAAAAGAAUGAAAUGGAGGAAAAUAAGAAAAAGGAAGUGUUCUUUAUUAAAAAAAACAAUUUGCCCAUAAAUACCCAAAUGGGAGCACUUAUAUGGUAUGAUGAACAAAAUGAAGAUUUGCUAUUUCAAAUGCCUUAUGAAAAUAAAUUUUGUUUUGACUUUGAUGGUAAUAAAUCAAAAAACCAAAAAAGAAACUUUUGUCAUAUAAUUCCAAGUUAUGUAAGAGAUAAACGAAUAAAAAAAAAUAUUAAAUAUUUUGUAUUGGCAAUAAUAGAAAUUAUUGAUAAAUUUUUGGACGCAUCAAAUUCAUGCUCCAUAUAUGAAAACUGGUUUGAUUUUUCUAUAAGGUUUGCUUUCGUUUAUAUAUCAUGGAUUAAAAAAAUUAAUAGAACAAAUAUAAUUCUACCAAAUAGCAUAGAUCAAAUAUAUAUGAAUGUAGACGAAUUUAUAUUUAUUCCGUUAUUUUACAAAUGUGAUCAAUUCGUUCAGGCAAAGAGGAAACGUGAUCUUUCCAAAGAACACAACCAGAAUAAUUACACAAAUGAAGGAUCUAUUGAAAUGCUUGAAAAAAAAAAUAGUUUUGAAAAUACAGAAAUAAAAAUUAGCCGUAGCUAUGGAUCAUAUAAAAAUAUGGGGAGUUUAAAAAAUAGAAUACACGCAGAUGAAAAAAAAGUAGUUAAGAAUGAAGACCUAAGAAGAGACAUAUCUUCUGGAAAUGAUAGUAACUCAUCCAAUUUUCCUAAAUGUGAAGUAAAUAAUACUAAGAAAAAUAGUGCCGAAAAUGUAGAAAUGGACGUUUUAAACUAUUUAAAAAAAAAGGAAAAAAAAAAAAAAAGGUUAAAAAAAAGGGAAAAUAUUGGGAAAGAAAAUUCUCAUCAAGUUAAGGAAAAAGAGUGUUUUGACAAUUUGGAAAGCAUUUUUAAUUAUUCAUUGGAUGUUUUUACGUCAGAAAUGUUUAAUCAAGAUUCUUUUAAUAUCCUAAUUUCACUAUUUGAAUUGUACAUAGCUAUGAAGACUUUAAGAGCAAUGGAUUUGAGUGUGUUUUUUAAAUUAUAUGAGCUUUACCAUGAAAAAUAUAUAAAAUUUGAAAAAAGUCUUAUCUUUUAUAUUAAUAAAUUAAGAGACGAAAUAAAGUUAGAAAUAGAAGAAAUUGAUAAUGAAAUAAAUAAGGGAGAUACUACUGAAAAAAUGAGAGUUCAAAAAUAUUAUUACUAUAAAGAAGAAUUAAAUAAAAGAAGAAAACUGGAAGAAGAGUUAUUAUGCAAAAUUAGUAGUUUAGAAGAAUGUAUUGAAGCAAACAAUAGGUCACAAUAUAUAAGAAACAUGUUAGCAGCUUCGAGGGGAAAAAAUGGAAGUGGGGGAAAUGUGGACGAUGAUAUUAAUUACAUAUUCUCUCUUUUACAAAAUGAAGGUACAUAUAAAUUGAAUCAUUCAAAAAAGGAGUAG